AUGGAGCAAAUCACUGAAGCCCAGCGACUUCGUGAUGACUUUGAGGCUACAAAGGCUCGACUCCUCUCCGGCCUUCAGAACCAAUUCUUUGUGUCGCGAAAUACUGCCACUCGUUCCGAAGCGAUCAUGUCUUGUGAGAAUUCAUCAUCCCUCUCAGAGGGUCAAGAAUUCUUUAGUUCCAGCGGACAAUCCUCACCACGCACUCCCAAAGGAAGUGAAGUCGAUUCCGUCAUUUGUAUGGCAGAAUUUGUUUCAAGGCAUCUGGAGAAAUAUUUUCAGGAAUUUCUUGUUAAACUAACGCUUGAAACGGAGAUUUUUGACGAUCAAGAAGCUGUAGAUUGCGUUGGGGAGCACCUUCGACUGGUUUCAAGUUUUACGCCAUGA